AUAAUAAAAACCAGAAAGGCUUAAAGGGAAAAAAAAGAAGUCACUGAAUCUAGUUUUCAUCAGCUGUUAAAGGCCUGAAGUUUUUUUAAUUUCAAGCUGUUAUCAUGGCAUCGAUUAUAAGAUUGAAACCGGUGAUUCUCUUACUCUUUGUACAAUUAUGCCUCUCUCUUCUCUCCCCGUCUCUCGCAAUUACUUUUGGGUCUUCUGGUGAUGGUUAUGCAAUUAAUGGUAGAGUGAAGAUCCCAGCAGGUAUCGGUACGAAAGGACUUGGAGGUCAUGGAAAAAUAUCCAACGUCAAAGUUCUACUCAAUGGUGGCCAACAUGUGACUUUUCUGAGGCCUGAUGGAUAUUUUUCAUUUCAUAACGUGCCAGCAGGGACUCAUUUAAUUGAAGUGGAUGCCAUUGGCUACUUCUUUUCUCCAGUCCGAGUUGAUGUUAGUGCCAGAUUCCCUGGUAAGGUUCAGGCAACACUGACAGAGAAAAGGAGGAGUCUGAGUGAAAUGGUAUUAGAGCCAUUAAAGGAAGAGCAGUAUUAUGAGAUUAGGGAACCCUUCUCCAUAAUGUCUAUAGUCAAAAGUCCGAUGGGUCUCAUGAUGGGAUUUAUGGUGUUGGUUAUGUUCAUAAUGCCAAAAUUAAUGGAAAACAUGGACCCGGAAGAAAUGAGGAGAGCUCAAGAAGAAAUGAGAAACCAAGGGGUUCCAUCCCUAGCAAGCAUAUUGCCAGGAGCUGCAAGGAGCAACUAGAGAUAAAAUCCCAACCUUCUAUUCCAAAUGGGGCUCAAAGACGUGUACUAAAAUUACCAUCAUCAAUUAUUUCUUCCUUGAAUCAUAUGAUUACAUCCCUCCGAGUAGCUGGUUGUUGAAUUUCCUUGGAAAACACUAAAUUUUGUAACGCUGUCAUCAUUACUUUUAGUAUGUUUGCCUGAUGAAUAGACAAAACCAAAGCCCUAAUUCCA